CCCUUGUUGCUGCUGCUUAGCAAAUGAAACUGCUUCACAGUCUGCAAAGGAGAAGAUCUGUGGACAGCCUUUAAAAAUGACAGUGAAGAAACUUUUCUCGUGCCUCUGCCCGUCGCUAAUCCCCAGCAGGGAAACUACUCUUUUCUACCUGCUCGGUAUGCUCAUUGCUCUGUACAUGCUGGCUGGUGCGGCCAUAUUUUCAUUCUUGGAGAGACCAGCAGAGCUGAAAGCCCACCAGGUCUGGGAUAGGAGGCUGAGGAAAUUUAGUCAUGAAUACAACAUUAGCUGUGAAGACCUGAAAUCUCUGUUACGUCAGUAUGAGGAGGCCAGGACUGCAGGCAUUCGGACAGAACGUGGAAGAGCCUUGUGGGACAUCCCAGGAGCUUUCUAUUUUGUGGGAACUGUAGUUUCUACCAUCGGAUUUGGGGUGACGGCGCCAUCUACCACGACUGGGAAGGUCCUGCUUGUUUUCUACGGUUUGCUGGGCUGUUCGGCCACAAUACUCUUCUUCAAUCUGUUCCUGGAGAGAGCCAUAACUUUACUCAGCCUCCUGAUAUUCUGGGGCCACACAAAGAGAUUCAGACAAAGUGAACCGGAGGCCAGAGCUGAUGAAGGCAACGGAGGUGAAAGAUGGAAGCCAUCUGUUUACCAAGUCACGCUCAUGCUUUUUAUUACUGUGCUCCUGGUUGCAUGUGGCGCUGCCUCCCUCUAUUCUGCAAUGGAGGGAUGGACUUACUUCGAGUCCCUCUAUUUUUGCUUUGUAGCGUUCAGCACAGUGGGCUUUGGGGACUUUGUAAGUGGUCAGAGAAAGCACCAUGAGGACAUACAGGUGUACCAGGUUGCCAACUGUCUCCUGAUGCUCUUGGGUGUGUGCUGCACUUACUCUCUUUUUAACGCCAUGUCUGUGAUCAUCAAACGGGGACUGGAUUGGAUCCUGAGAGCACUGGACUCAAUGUAUAACAAUUUACGGGACUGCAGGCUGCAAUUCAGGUUGCAAUUCGGGCCAUCUGAGACAACAAUAAGUUGUGAUGAUGACACUACGCGUGGACAGCAACUACAAAUAACUCCUAGUCCAACUCACAGCAUCAUGUGGAACUCCUCUGUUCCCAGUGCUAUCGGCAAAUGCCUUUGUGGUGAAGCUAAAGUUGAAACUGUAUGUCACAGAAACCACUAGAAAGUAGGUUCUGCAGAAACUGUUCCCCUGAAAGGAAUGUAAAACGGUAUAUUUUUAGAUUAAAGUAAUGGCAAAAAGGUCAACGUAUUUUCAUGGCAGGCAAA